CUCCACCAUGACGUCUGGCUCCGCUGCUCCUCUUAUCUCCGGAACGAGCGGCUGCCCGCUGCGGACUUUUGCCCUCGGAGCUCUCCGUGUCCAGAUAAAACUGAAUCUGCCGCGGAAGCUCAGACAUGUUCUCUCCCAUGGCGCCCAUAAGCCCGUCCAGGACCGGGACCAGGGGCCGGUCCGGGACCGAGGAGCAGAUCCGCAUGGUGGAGUGUAAACCGGGCUGUGGCUGCGGGGUCCAACCGGGAGGAACCGGGAGGAUCUGUGCGCCACCGUGGACGGAAGAUGGUCUGGAUUCUGACAAACGAGGCUUUGACAACUUGGCCUACGACUCUGGGAGCCAGACUGAGCUCUACCCUCCACCUAAACCUGUCUCCAGAGCCAUGUUCAGACUCCCAGGACUCACCUCAGAGCUCCAGAUCCAGGGAAUCCACACGAGGAUCUGCAGCCUGGAUGGAGUCUUGUCCGUGUCCUGGUCUGUUCCCGACAGCCUGGCCCAGGUGGACUAUGACUCCUCGGCCAUUACGACCAAACAGAUGGUCCUGGAGCUGCAGACGUUGGACUACAGCGUGGAGUCGGCGGUGCAGAUCCGGGUGGAGGGGAUGCACUGCCAGUCCUGCGUGAAGACCAUCGAAGAGCAGAUGAUGGAGCUGCCAGGAGUUUCAUACGUUCAGGUGUCUCUUAAAGGAAACUCAGCUGUGGUCAUGUUUCAGCCUCUCCUGGUUUCUCAGGAGGAGCUGAGAGAGAAGAUCGAGGACUUGGGGUUUGAAGCUGCUUUACUACCAGAGGAUCCUGCAGGAGGUUUCAGGAACCUGUUCACCCAGACCUCCACCGUCUGGAUCAGAGGGAUGACCUGUGGCUCGUGUGUUCGGUCGAUAGAAGGGAGGAUCUCCGACCUGAGCGGAGUUCAGUCCAUCGUGGUGUCGCUGGAGGAGGAAAAGGGAACGAUCGCCUUCGACCCGAGUCUGACGGAUCCGGAGCAGCUCAGGGCAGCGAUCGAGGAGAUGGGCUUCGACGCAUCGCUCAGCGAACCUCCAAAGAGCAUCCAGACUCCUAAGAGAUCCAGACCUGACAGCUCUGGACCUCCUGACCUCUCUGACCUGCAGCCUCUGAGUAAAUCAGGAGUAAACGGAUCUCAGGGAAUGUCUGCAAACGACCUUCAGAGUUCUCCUGAGAUCAAAGUGCAGAAAUGCUUUGUGUGCGUGUCGGGGAUGACCUGCGCCUCCUGCGUGGCCAACAUCGAACGGCACCUCUGCAAACACAAGGGAAUCAUCUCUGUUCUGGUGUCUCUGAUGGCUGGAAAGGCGGAGGUGAAGUAUGAUCCAGACGUCCUGGAUGCUGCUGCUGUUGCUCGGCUUAUCCAGGACCUGGGUUUCGGAGCCAAACUGAUAGAAGACGAAGAAGCAACUCGAGGAAAACUGGACCUGGCUAUAACCGGCAUGACGUGUGCGUCCUGCGUCCACAACAUCGAGUCCAAACUCUUCACGACCAAAGGGGUCCUCAGGGCCUCGGUCGCCCUGGCAACCAAAAGAGCUCACAUCCAGUUCAACCCAGAUUUACUGGGAGCUCGAGACAUCAUCAAGAUCAUCCAGAGUCUCGGAUUCGGGGCGAGUCUAGUGAAGGAAGGAUUCAGAAACAACCUCGACCACUCCGAAGAAAUACGACAGUGGAGGAACUCCUUCCUGCUCAGCCUGGUGUUCGGUCUGCCGGUCAUGGGUCUGAUGAUCUACAUGAUGGUGAUGGACAGUCAGCACCAGGAACAUGGAGGCUCCAUGCCUGAGGACCAGAACCUGCUGCCAGGGCUCUCGCUCCUCAACCUGGCCUUCUUCCUGCUCUGUACACCUGUGCAGUUCUUCGGUGGAAGGUACUUCUACAUCCAGGCCUACCGCUCUCUGAAGCACCGCACCGCCAACAUGGACGUCCUGAUUGUUCUGGCCACCUCCAUCUCCUACAUCUACUCCUGCGUGGUCCUGACGGUGGCCAUGGCUGAGCAGGCCGCCCAGAGCCCCGUCACCUUCUUCGACACGCCGCCCAUGCUGUUCGUCUUCAUCGCUUUGGGACGGUGGCUGGAGAACGUCGCAAAGGGUAAAACCUCUGAAGCUUUGGCUAAGCUGAUGUCUCUGCAGGCGACCGAUGCCACCGUGGUCACUCUGGGACCCGACCACUCCGUCAUCAGUGAGGAGCAGGUGGAGGUGGAACUGGUCCAGAGGGGCGACAUCGUGAAGGUCGCACCCGGAGGGAAGUUCCCCGUAGACGGGAAGGUGGUGGAAGGAAGUUCCAUGGCAGAUGAGUCUCUGAUCACAGGUGAGCCGAUGCCGGUCAGUAAGAAGGCCGGUAGUUUGGUGAUCGCCGGAUCCAUCAAUGCUCACGGAUCUCUGCUGGUGGAGGCCACGCAUGUUGGAGCUGAAACUACCCUGUCUCAGAUCGUCAAACUGGUGGAAGAGGCUCAGACCUCAAAGGCUCCCAUCCAGCAGUUUGCAGACAGACUCAGCGGAUUCUUCGUUCCCUUCAUCGUCUUCAUCUCUCUGCUGACGCUGGUCGCCUGGAUGCUCAUCGGCUUCGUCAACUUCGACAUUGUGAAGGAGAACUUCCCAGGCUACAACCCCAACAUCUCCAAGGCCGAGGUCAUCGUCCGCUUCGCCUUCCAGGCCUCCAUCACCGUCCUGUCCAUCGCCUGCCCCUGUUCUCUGGGCCUGGCCACCCCCACGGCCGUCAUGGUGGGAACCGGGGUCGGAGCUCAGAACGGGAUCCUGAUCAAAGGAGGACCACCGCUGGAGAUGGCUCAUCAGAUCCGUGUGGUGAUGUUUGAUAAGACCGGUACCAUUACAAACGGCGUUCCUCGGGUCACUCGGGUCCUGGUUCUGUGGGAGAUGGCCCGGAUGCCACUGAGGAAGAUCCUGGCGGUGGUCGGCACGGCGGAGGCCAGCAGUGAACACCCGCUGGGCCUGGCGGUAGCCAAACACUGCAAAGAGGAGCUGGGCUCUGAGGUGCUGGGAUACUGCCAGGACUUCCAGGCCGUUCCCGGCUGUGGGAUCAGCUGCCGGGUUUCCAGCGUUGAACAUCUGCUGCUGCAACAAAGCCAGGAACAGUUCCUGCUGCCCGGAGCCACCACCGAUGAAAGCUGCCUGCUGCCUGAUGGGGAGGUCGCCUCUGCAGCUGAGGCAGCGCCAUACUCGGUCCUGAUCGGGAACAGGGAGUGGAUGAGGAGGAACGGCCACCACAUCGGAGCAGACGUGGACGCUGCCAUGUCGAGUCAUGAAACCAAAGGACAGACGGCCAUUCUGGUGGCGAUAGACGGUGUUUUGUGCGCCAUGUUUGCCAUCGCUGACACGGUGAAAGCAGAGUCGGCGUUAGCGGUGCACACGCUCAAUAGCAUGGGCAUCGAGGUGGUGAUGAUCACAGGAGACAACAGGCGCACGGCCAAAGCCAUCGCAGCUCAGGUGGGCAUCAGGAAGGUGUUCGCUGAGGUUCUGCCAUCACACAAAGUGGCCAAAGUCCAGGAGCUGCAGGAGCGAGGCCUUCGAGUGGCCAUGGUGGGGGACGGCGUCAACGACUCGCCCGCCCUCGCACGGGCCGACGUCGGCAUCGCCAUCGGCACAGGAACCGACGUGGCCACCGAGGCGGCACACAUCGUCCUGAUCCGGAACGACCUGCUGGACGUGGUGGCCAGCAUCGAGCUGUCCAAGAAGACGGUGCACCGGAUCCGGAUCAACUUCGUCUUCGCCCUCAUCUACAACCUGGUGGGAAUCCCAGUGGCUGCAGGAGUGUUCAUGCCGGUGGGUCUGGUUCUGCAGCCCUGGAUGGCUUCAGCUGCGAUGGCUGCUUCCUCUGUUUCAGUGGUUCUGUCCUCUUUACUGCUCAGAAUGUACAGGAAAACCUCGGUGGAGCUCUACGAGCUUCGAGCUCGAGGCCAGAUGAGGAGCCUCCGGUCAUCUCAGAUCAGCACACAUCUGGGUCGGGACGGUCGGCGCCGCAGCCCGGCUCUGCCCGGAUCCUCCAGGGACCAGCAUCCGGGCCCCGGGGCCCCUCAGGGCCCGUCCAGUCUGGGGACCGGAGACCAGGACCAGGACCGCUACUCUCUGCUGGAGGCCGGAGAGGAGCUCCAGUAAAGGGAAGAGACGAUCAGCUGUUCUCAUGUUUAGAUGUGUUUUAUGUAAAUAGACUCGUUUUACUCAGACUUUAACCUUCUGGACCUUUUAUGUACUCCUCUCUGUGGACUCAGACUCUGGACUCAGAAAAGCUGUGAAGACGGACAGAGAACUCAGAAAUGUCUUUUUUAAAGUUUAUUUUAGCUGAACAAAAUGACUCAGUUUUACCAAGUAAAACUUAAACCAUGCUCCAAAAUUACCGAACAAAAAUGACUCAAACUAGUAAAACUAAACCUAAAACUGU